AUGAACAAGCGUACCAAUUACCUAGAACUCCGGCCAGAUCAGGAAAAAGCCAUUCGCGGCGAUGCCGUCCCAAGGCUCCUCGAUCAUCGCGAUAGCCGAGCAGCGCUUGUUCGGGGCAUUCGUCUGCACUACCACUUCGCCAUGAGUGAGCCCGUCAUCCGUCUUAGCUCCUCCAUGCCUCUGGUUGCACGAGCCCGCAACGCUCGCCUCAUCAUGAGCAAUGAGAUUCCAGAACGGAUGGCGCCGCAAGAGCAUCCAUACUGUAUAUGGUAUCCCGAUUUUGCGACCGAGGAUACAUACCGUUCUUUGGCCUCGAAAUAUCCUGACAUGCGCUACCAAGUCGGUCGUGCCUGCGCUGCAGCAGGUUACCACGCCCUUUUUCACGAACUUGACCUUUUACCGGAUGUGUCUUUCGCUGAAGAGGCGCGAGAGAGCGAAGCAGAUGGUGCGAAACUUAUCUAUGAAGAAAUCAUGGGUUUCAAAUAUCGCUACGCCAUCAUGGACGAUUGCAGACGUUCCAUUGAACUUAUGGAUUACAAAUGCCCAGCGUAUUUGAACGGUGAUACCGAAGUGCGAUGGCGUUUGGCAGCUCGACAAGGCAUCGAAAAGUACGAUAAAGAAGACCUACUUCCAUGUAUCGAAGAGGACAUGCAUAUUUGCCUCGAGGACCAGGAACUGGAGGAACGUUACAGCGUAUUGACUGACGAUGAGGCAAAACUUCUCUACACUCCUUUGCCUGAGGAUCUGCCGACGGUGAAAAAGACGUUAUUGAUACAGAUGGCCGCUCAUGACGGCAACAUCGAGCGUUAUGCUCGGCUCGCCAACUCUGGAAGAACUUUGAGUCUCCUAGAUAGUGAUUGUGUCGUCCGUGGCAUCUUGCAUCACACUAUGUACGCUCGCUGGUGGGCCGAACAGAUCAAAGUCAACACUAUCUACGCUAGGUCUGCCCCAUACACAUGGGACAUCCAGCGAGCCAUAAUGGCUCGUCGCAUCAUGAUCAACGAUCUCUCCGCUUUUGAGAAUGGCUGGCCGACUGGAGUCCCCAUGCCGUACAUCAUCUGGUGGCCUUUGCGCCCGGAUUGGAAUCUUCUUUAUGAGCUCGCUAAGCGUGUGCCGGAGAUGAAACGGCAAGUCGCAGCUGCAGCAAUUGCCUGCGAUUAUAAGGAUAUUUACAAAAUGCUUGACCCAGAACCAAGCUGGCAUUUAUGGGUAGUUGCUUCUGAGUUUUCAACUAAUCCGUUCUACAGAGAAGACCAAGAGAGGCGUGGAAGGGAGAAGGAUGUCGAUGUGGAGGAUGGCAGAUUUGAGUUCAAUGAACAAAAUGAAUUGACCCUGGCGAAAGAAAAAACAGUAAUUGACUACGAAGAGGGGAAGAUUCAAGACAGCAUUGAGAGACGUCAGGAACGAAAUAGCUUAUGCCCCAAACUACCGAGUUCAGGCCUUGUACAGAUCAGGGUCUGGCAAGGCAUGGGCAAAGUAUCGCCAAAAUAG